UAAUAAGAAGAACCUAGCAGUAAUCGAAAGAAAUCUGCAAAAAUUAGACUUUGACCGAAAGUCUAACCUGGACAAACUAGCAUGUAGAAUGUUAAACAUAGACAUACAACUAUCCGCCACCAGCCACGCCAAGAUGGCAAACAAAAUACUAGCCUUACUAUACUCACAGAUAUGGAUUCCAAGGUUAGCAACUGCAAACACUUCGGAAGUAAAGGAAGUCAAGUGGAAAAGAAACCCCCCUUCAACCGAAAGCUCCAGCAGCACUCACUCCCCAAAAGCUAUCUCAGAGAAUAAAAAUUUACUUGAGCUAAUAAUGGAAAUCACAGACUCAUAG